AUGGAAAGGGAAUCAUUGGCAAAUCUACAAAAGGAAGUUAGCUUUUCAGGUAUUUGUGUAAAGGUUAUUGGGAAUGAAGGAGAUCCUACAAUAAAUCUCUUAAUUAUGCCAGAGAAACACAUCCCUUCAUCUUCCUCUUCUGCUUUUUCCCACCCAGCUCUGAUACGCCACAUGGAACCUUCAACAAUGGGCAAUCCGGGAGGUGACCAUCUCUAUUCCACUCCUCUACCAUCUUCAAAUACAUCAGAAACAACUAACAACAAUGAUCUUACAACUCCACUGUCUUCUCUCACAACCAAGAAAUUCAAAAACAAUGGAAAGAAAGCCUCAAUUCCCUCGACUUCGCAAACAAAGAGCUUCCCGCCGACCAAAUCAAAGUCGUCGGCCACCACCACCACCAUCUCCACCCCUAUCUCCUCCAUCCCCGAUCAAUGCAGCAACCCCCCCACCAGCUUCUCCACCACCUCUCCCAGCUGUCAACAGAACCCUUCAGCAACAAAUUGCCUCCAGCUCGAGGACGUCGUUGUCGUUCCGGCUUCCAUUCAACCCUUACCCACUUCAGAAACCACCAACUCGUCCACCUCCACCACUAGACCCGACCGUGAACCCCUUUAUCACCCCACCCCCAUCUACUCCCUUGAGGAUUCAUCUCCCAUGGGCACCGAUAGAGACACCUCCCACCACUCAGAAAAUUGCAUAGAUGCACAAUUUGUUACUCCGGCUCCAAGCUUACCAAACCAACUCCCUCAACCUCUUGCAACCACCGGUGAACCUGCCUCCACCACCGUUCUCCACCCACUUCAACCAAUUUCCUCUUCUUCCACCUUCAAAAAAUCCAACAAACUUUGCCUUGCUGUCAAACCCAGUCGAGCUAAACUUAGAAAGGCUAGCAAACCAUACGAAAACUUACAAAGUUCGAAAAGGAGUAGUGGGUCUUCAGUUGGAAUUCCGCUACUAGGGGAUGAUCAAUGGAGGAGAGAAGGAGAUUCAAUCAAUGGUUCAACCACUCAAGAUGAAGGAUGUGGUACUGAUGGAACAACUGGGAAAUCGGAAGGAUAUGGAGAAAUUCUUUCCAUGGAUUCUAGCCAAUAA